AAACCCGAUCAAGAAUCGGCGACUAUGGAAGAUGCUCCGUAUGACUACAAAAUCUUAACCAGGCCUCGCGCGAAUCCUACAAAUGCGAAUUGUUCCAACACUAAUGAACAAGAUUCUAAGGUUGUGGAAAAUAGAUCUAUUUUUGAAGAUGCACUCCAAGCAUAUGAAGAACUAAAAAAUCGGGAAGAGAAUGUUUCCGAAGAUUGGGAGUACAACGAAGAGAGUGGGUAUUAUUAUAGCGAAUCAACAAAAAUGUAUGCUCUUUGGGAUACACACAUUCAAGAUUGGAUAUAUUUUGAUAAAUUUGAGAGAGAUCGGAGAAAGAACUACAAAAUCGACGUAACUAAAAUAGAUUAUAAACAUGAAGAUUCUUCAAACUCAGAUAAGGACACUGAGGAUUCAAUAGAUAGUGCACUCGAGGAGGGACAAAUAUCAGAUUCUGAAGCAUACGAGACAGCUUCUUUAUCAUACGAGAAUAGUACCAAUGGACAAGACAUACACAAAAAUUCAAAAGAAAAACAUAUGUGUACAUAUUCUGUACCAGCAGGUUAUAUCGUUACCUCAGAAGAGAGAUAUUAUUUCAACCCUGAGAACAAUGUUUGGUUUGACGUGUAUUCUGGAGUGUAUUCUGUAUAUGAUGAGGGUACUCAAACAUAUACUCCAGUUGACCCAAACUCUAUAAUAUAUACAUUAACACCUGACGAGAGUGCAUUAGACCAAGGAGAACCCGGUAGCGAUGCAACUCUUAGAUUGGUAGUGAUUGAAUCCGGAAUUCUUAAAUCAGGACAUUUAGUUCUGGUUGAUGCAAACGGCAUUUCUAUGGGAAGGGACAGGUGGGAUGAUCGACGACUUCGAUUAGCUGAAAUGCCAACAUCAAAACAUCACUGUCAAAUAUUUUUUUCUUCAACUUCUAUUAUUGAUAAUAACAAUGAAGAAGAAGAAUCAUCAACUCCAGAUGCAUUCUUUAUUAUUGAUAUAGGUUCGCAAAAUGGAACUUUUGUUAAUUCUCAACGAUUGUCAGAAAGUAAGAUGAGUUCUAAACCACAUCAAUUGAACCAUAUGGACGAAGUUACUGUUGGGAGCACCAAAUUUCAAGUGCAUUUACAUAAACAGUGGACAUGUGAUGUUUGUACUGUAACUGAAGGAAAAAUGAUUGAUAUAUCAAAUAAUAGCGAUGUUGUUUCUAAUAAUAUUAAUAAAGUCAAACGGAAAAAUAAUGAUGGAGAUUUAAUUAUGAACAUUGGUAUUAAUAUGAAUAAUAAUACAACACAGAGAGAACUUUUAGAAGUUCAGCGACGUGAGGAGCUGAAUCGUUUGAAACGUAAAUAUAUGGGUCCAUCUAACACUAAUCAAAAACAUACAAAGUAUGUUGAUAGGGCUGCUUUAAGAAGAGAGAUUCAUCCUGAUAAUGCUCCAAUAAAAAAAGAUUGGGAGGAUACAUCUCAAAACUCUACAAUAGAAGUAAAAAAUUUUCAAACUAAAAUUGGUUCUGAUAAUAAGGGAAAUAAGCUUUUACAGAAGAUGGGAUGGAAAGAAGGGCAAGGAUUAGGACGAAAUGGUACUGGAAUGUUGAAUCCAAUCCAAUUUGUUACUAAUGAAGGAAGAAUUGGUCUUGGUGCAGGAGGAAAAAAGAAUCAAAAUAACACUAUGGAAACUUUACAGGAAGCAACUAGACGAGUUGCUAAAGAAAGAUUCAUUGAUUUAUUUAAUGAAUAACAAAAAGAUUGAAACAUAUAUUUGCAAAUUUAUAUUAUGCAUUUAAUUGUAAAUCAUCAGCGUAAUACGAGAAUAAACAUAUUUCAUUGCAUCAUUAACAUAAAUAAUAUUAUAUCUGUUCUUUUUUUCA